UUGUGUGUGAUAAAUGACAAAUGGAAUUUUAACUGAAGUACCAUCUAGGAGAUGCUGUUGGAGAUAGUGCAGCGAUUGUAAACAAUGAAUAUAAAAGUUGGACAUUGAAAUUGCAUUUACCACCUGGAUAAAUCUAGGUUUUCCAUCAACUGCGGAUCAGUCACGCUAUUCGCGUGCUCCGUUUUACACUGCAUGAAGAAAAAUAUUCAGUAAAAAACAACGCGAAGCAAUUCGCACAAUGUAUGGAAGAAGAAGAAAUCUUAAACAUUUCGUGAUUUUUCAAAAAAAAAAAAUCAAAUCUCACUGAAAAUUUUCUACCUAUUGUAUUGUGGAGACUCAUCUGAUUUCAGUUUCAACUCACAUAAACAUAAAUUGUUAACUAUAUCAAAAAAUGAUGAGCAAUCGAAGCCAUAAAUCUGCCUUUGGCCUUUUAACAGCUACAUUACUAUAUCUAUUCUUGAAAAUCACAGGACUGCUACCGUUUUCAAUAAAAAUCUCAAGUGAUCAGUCGAAAGAAAUCACAUAUUCCAGCAUCGACAUUAUGUACAAUGGAUUUUGGAUAGUUGUGACCUUGGUGUUAAGUUUCCCAGGAGUUGCUGUGUUCUUCGACAAAGAUAAGUUCAAAUACGCUGCGAGCCUGUCAAUGUCGAUUGGUCUGAGCCGUGCCAUAGCCUUGACGACAGUUACUCUCGUCAUCUGGAUAUUCGUCUGUCUACGCCAAAAGAAGGCCGCCGAAAUUGCCCAUCGGAUUUGCACCGUUGACAAGAUGAUCAUGAAAUUCGAAUACAUUGAUCUACCAGAUCUUGGAACUUUUAAAAUGGGCGUCAUUAUCUGGCUCAACGUCUUGGUAUCGGUCAUUGUCACCUGGCUCGACGUCUGGCUCUUUGGGACAUUCGUGAAAUCGGCUUUCAUGCUAACAAUUGUUCCGAAUAUAAUAUUGAACUGGUUCAUGAUUCAAUACUCACUCGUCGUUAUCUCGAUGGAGAUAAAAUUCCGGGCGAUCAAUCAGGGAAUCACCAGCCUCUCUAGCAAAAACAUUAGUUUGAUUGAGGCGAACAGAUCUGAAAUCAUGGAAGAUCUACACCACAUGAUGACCUUGCAGGGGAUACUCUAUGACAUAGGCUGCGAUAUAACAGAUUUCUAUUCCUUUCCGACUUUGCUGGUUAUCGGGGUCCUCUGUGGUGCUCUGCUCACCACCUCUUACUACAUGGUUGUGCCGUUUUUGGCACAAACCAGGGAGAUCUCCAUUAUGCGGAUGAUCAAUUCUCUUGCCUAUCUCGGUAUCCAUGGAUUUCCCCUUGUUAUUCUUACGACUGGCGUUACAAGUGUCAGCCGUGAGAUGAACCUGACAGCAGCCGCCGUUCACAAUCUGCUUGAACAAUCGAUUCUAGAUCGACGACUAAAGUCAGAGUUGAAGUUGUUUUCCAUGAAAUUACUUCACCAGCGAUUAGAAUUCUCCUGCUGCGGAAUAUUUUCUCUGGACUGCACGCUUCUGCAUUCGAUCACUAGUAUGAUUGCAACCUACCUGGUGAUUCUCAUUCAGUUCGAUACCCAUGACGGGAGAUCGCAAAAUGAUAGCAGCAACAAUGACAGCAGCCUGAAUAAUGUGAUCAGUAGAACAUGUGAUAGAAAAAAUUGCGCAAAUUUCGAUGAAAAUCUGAAACUCCUCUAUCUGCAUGCACAAUCUCUAAAUUGCAGCUUGCAUUUUCCAACUGAUUACAUCUGUCCUGUACUCCGCAUUAGAAUCAACUUCAAUUUCAUUGCUAAAAUAUGUAUUGAAACGAUCAUGCCAGAACCGAGUGCAGUGAUCGAAAAUUCGAGCGCAAGAUUGCUCACGAAAACCGGGCUAAAUUUCUUCAAAAUUCUCGGACUACUGCCGAUCGCUGUGAAAAUCGAGAAUGGAAAUUUCGAGGCUAGAGCCCCGUGGAUCGGUUAUGUCUACAAUAUUUUUCUGAUAAUCUUGAUCUUUAUUCUGGACUUUUUUUCCAUUCCCUAUACAUUUGAGGCGCAAUACAUAAAUGACAGUGUGCUCACUACAAGACUCAAACUGACAAAAGCAAUACUUGGAACAAUUGUGUUAUUCAUUAUCUGGUUGAUAAUGUGUAUCAGGCUGAAACUUAUGGCGGACAUCGCCAACAAAUUCAUCAAUUACGACAAUGAGAUGAUCAAUUACGAUCACAUAUAUCAGAUGAAAACCUCUAAUUCGCACUCAAUAAUAUUGUUGGUUUUAAACACUGUUAUCUGGAUAGGAGUAAUCAUCACGGAUUUCCUCAUCUCAGAGUAUUUUGCAAUGAACGUCCUAUUUUGGGUGUCGAUGACCAUCCCCAGUAUCAUCGUCAACUGGCUGUUGAUUCAGUACACAAUGGUGUUAUGUCAAUUGACCCGUAGAUUUGAAAAUAUCAAUCGGAUGAUUGUUCAACUGAACCCAUUCACCGAGAGUAUUGAGUCAGUUUAUUAUGAGGCAUUUGCAGCAAGGAUUCCUCUCAGUAGGUCCAUUAUUGGAACCCUACUGGCUAUCAAACGGCUUCAUGCUAACUAUUAUGAAGUAACCAACGAUAUUGCCAAUUUCUAUGCAAUUCCUUUACUCUUUGGAGUAACAUUCUUCUGCGGAACAAUCAUUUAUAGUGCCUAUUAUCUUAUAAUACCGCUUAUUACGGUAUCGUGGGAGUAUAAAAUUCUCCUGAAUACAGCCAACUCUGUUCUCAUGCUUGCCAUGCAACUCUCGCCGAUUGCCAUGAUGGCGUUUUCCGUUAAUAGACUGUCACACGAGAUGAAUAUGACUGCUGAUGCUGUUCAUAAACUCUUGGCUCGGUCGGCUCCUAGUCGAGAGGUGAAAUCAGAGUUGAAGAAAUUUUCCCGGGAGCUGUUGCACAAAAAUGUGGAAUUUACGGCUCAUGGUAUAUUUCCUUUGGAUUGUACCCUGGUACAUUCGAUAUUUAGUAUAGCUGUAACUUAUUUAAUAAUUCUCGUGCAGUUCCAAAAAACCUCAGGAAUCGAGUAAUAUGAAAUACGAAAAAAUAGCUCUUUAAUUAAUCAACCUUGCAUGAUGAAAUUUAUACCUGCUAGUUUGUAAAUUAAUUACGAUAAAACUACUCACAACAAUUGUACCCGCUCAACAAGCUAAAACUAAUAGGGCAAUAUGAAAUGUGUAUCAGUCUGCCAAAAUAUACAAUUUCCACACUCACAUCAGUUUAAUUUAUUUCACAUUUAGGAGAAAUUUUUCAUGCAUUAAAAAUUGUCUGAAAACAUUGUAAAUUUCACACAAAUC